AAGCACACACAGCUGCUGUCAUCAUCAAAUAGCUGCACCAGGAAGAACCGAGAACCAGGAACCAGUGGAGCCGCGACAUGCUUUGGCGCAGAGCCGCCCGCUAACCAGCUCACAUCCCGCCUGGGGAGGGACCCGCACCUUCAGGGGGACAUGGGGGGCUCUCAGAGCGUCCAAAUACCGGGUGGAGGCACCGAAGGAUACCACGUCCUCCGGGUGCAGGAGAAUUCCCCCGGUCAUCGUGCAGGACUGGAGCCUUUCUUUGAUUUUAUCAUCUCAAUAUGUGACACCAGAAUGAACAGGGACAACGACACCCUGAAGGAGCUGCUGAAGAUUAACGUGGAGAGGCCCAUCAAGAUGCUGUUGUACAGCAGCAAGACGUUGGCUGUGAGAGAGACGACCGUCACUCCCAGCACCAUGUGGGGCGGCCAGGGGCUGCUGGGAGUCAGCAUUCGCUUCUGCAGCUUUGAAGGAGUCAAUGAAAAUGUUUGGCACGUCUUGGAAGUCGAGGCAAACUCUCCUGCAGCCCUGGCUGGGUUGAGGCCUCACGCUGACUACAUUAUAGGAGCAGACAGCGUCAUGAAUGAGAGCGAAGAUCUGUUUUCCAUCAUUGAGACCCAUGAAGGGAAGGAGCUGAAGCUGUACGUUUAUAACACGGACACAGACAACUGCCGUGAGGUGGUCAUCACUCCCAACUCUGACUGGGGUGGAGAGGGCAGUCUGGGAUGUGGGAUUGGUUACGGCUACCUGCACAGGAUACCUACACUGCCAUUUGCAGAGGGCAAGAACAUUAGCUUCCCUGCACAGACUCCUAAUGAACCGGGUUCUCCACCCAAAGAUGGCUUCACAGAGGUCCAUCUCUCUGCUGUCGUUCCGACCGUUCCAGUUGUUGUGUCGUCUUCUGCUUCAACUGGUUUAAAGCAGUCUCUUUCCAGUUUGUCCAUCUGCUCGAACCCAACUGCUGUCCUGAGCUAUGUGUCGACAGGUACUCUGUUUACUGAAGUUAAGUUGAAGAUCAAGUGAAACCUGCAGAAUAUGUCAAAAACGUCAUAGUCUAGUAUGUCGUCCAAAAUGUAGGAAAAAAAUGUCAUAGUUUAGUAUGUCAUCCAAAACGUGCAAAAAAAGGUCAUAGUCUAGUAUGUCAUCCAAAACGUGGAAAAAAACGUCAUAGUCUAGUAUGUCGUCCAAAAUGUGGAAAAAACGUCAUAGUUUAGUAUGUCGUCCAAAAUGUGGAAAAAACAUCAUAGUUUAGUAUGUCGUCCAAAAUCGGGGAAAAAAAAGUCAGUUUAGUAUGUCGUCCAAAAUGUGGAAAAAAAAAGUCAUAGUUUAGCAUGUCAUCCAAAAUGUGGAAAAAAAAAGUCAUAGUUUAGUAUGUCGUCCAAAACGUGGAAAAAACGUCAUAGUUUAGUAUGUCAUCCAAAAUGUGGAAAAAACGUCAUAGUUUAGUAUGUCAUCCAAAACAUGGAAAUAAAACGUCAUAGUUUAGUAUGUCGUCCAAAACGUGGAAAAAAAGUCACAGUUUAGUAUGUCGUCCAAAACGUGGAAAAAAAGUCAUAGUUUAGUAUGUCGUCCAAAAUGUGGAAAAAACGUCAUAGUUUAGUAUGUCGUCCAAAACAUGGAAAUAAAACGUCAUAGUUUAGUAUGUCGUCCAAAACGUGGAAAAAAAGUCACAGUUUAGUAUGUCGUCCAAAACGUGGAAAAAAAGUCAUAGUUUAGUAUGUCGUCCAAAACGUGGAAAAAAAGUCAUAGUUUAGUAUGUCGUCCAAAACGUGGAAAAAACGUCAUAGUUUAGUAUGUCGUCCAAAACGUGGAAAAAACGUCAUAGUUUAGUAUGUCGUCCAAAACGUGGAAAAAACGUCAUAGUUUAGUAUGUCGUCCAAAAUCGGGAAAAAAAAUUCAGUUUAGUAUGUCAUCCAAAAUGUGGAAAAAACGUCAUAGUUUAGUAUGUCGUCCAAAAUCGGGAAAAAAAAGUCAGUAUAGUAUGUCAUCCAAAAUGUGGGAAAAAAAGUCAUAGUUUAGUAUGUCGUCCAAAACGUGGAAAAAAAGUCAUAGUUUAGUAUGUCGUCCAAAACAUGGAAAUAAAACGUCAUAGUUUAGUAUGUCGUCCAAAACGUGGAAAAAACGUCAUAGUUUAGUAUGUCGUCCAAAACGUGGAAAAAAAGUCACAGUUUAGUAUGUCGUCCAAAACGUGGAAAAAAAGUCAUAGUUUAGUAUGUCGUCCAAAACGUGGAAAAAACGUCAUAGUUUAGUAUGUCGUCCAAAAUCGGGAAAAAAAAGUCAGUUUAGUAUGUCAUCCAAAAUGUGGAAAAAAAAUCAUAGUUUAGUAUGUCGUCCAAAAUCGGGGAAAAAAAAGUCAGUUUAGUAUGUCAUCCAAAAUGUGGAAAAAAAAAAAGUCAUAGUUUAGUAUGUCGUCCAAAAUGUGGAAAAAACGUCAUAGUUUAGUAUGUCAUCCAAAACAUGGAAAUAAAACGUCAUAGUUUAGUAUGUCGUCCAAAACGUGGAAAAAACGUCAUAGUUUAGUAUGUCGUCCAAAACGUGGAAAAAACGUCAUAGUUUAGUAUGUCGUCCAAAAUCGGGAAAAAAAAGUCAGUUUAGUAUGUCAUCCAAAAUGUGGAAAAAAAAAAGUCAUAGUUUAGUAUGUCGUCCAAAACGUGGAAAAAACGUCAUAGUUUAGUAUGUCGUCCAAAAUCGGGGGAAAAAAAGUCAGUUUAGUAUGUCAUCCAAAAUGUGGAAAAAAAAGUCAGUUUAGUAUGUCAUCCAAAAUGUGGAAAAAAAAAGUCAUAGUUUAGUAUGUCGUCCAAAAUGUGGAAAAAACGUCAUAGUUUAGUAUGUCAUCCAAAACAUGGAAAUAAAACGUCAUAGUUUAGUAUGUCGUCCAAAACGUGGAAAAAAACGUCAUAGUUUAGUAUGUCGUCCAAAACGUGGAAAAAAAGUCACAGUUUAGUAUGUCGUCCAAAACGUGGAAAAAAAGUCAUAGUUUAGUAUGUCGUCCAAAACGUGGAAAUAAAUUGUAGUAGUUUAGUAUGUCGUCCAAAACGUGGAAAAAACGUCAUAGUUUAGUAUGUCGUCCAAAACGUGGAAAAACGUCAUAGUUUAGUAUGUCGUCCAAAACGUGGAAAUAAAUUGUAGUAGUUUAGUAUGUCGUCCAAAACGUGGAAAAAACGUCAUAGUCUAGUAUGUCAUCCAAAACGUGGAAAAAAACGUCAUAGUUUAGUAUGUCGUCCAAAACGUGGAAAUAAAAUGUCAUAUUUAGUAUGUCGUCCAAAAUGUGGAAAUAAAACGUCAGUUUAGUAUGUCGUCCAAAACGUGGAAAAAACGUCAUAGUUUAGUAUGUCGUCCAAAACGUGGAAAAAACGUUACCAGCCUUGAGAAACCUAAACAUCUGUUCAUCAUUCUGUUGUUUCAGGAGCUUCUACUGUCCCGUUGCCCAACCAGGUGACCCCGUCACAAAGUGUUCCGCUGUCUGUCAAUCCUACUCCAACAAUCCCAGGCCGAAUGCCCAUGCCUGGAGGUCUUCCACCUUUUCCUAAUUUACCAAACCAAAACAUGGCUUUACCAGAUAUGGGUCAUGUAAUACCACCUGGAGUCGGACGACAACAUGCAGGUUUUCCUCCUCUCAACUUGCCAGGUGUAGUCCCCGGUGUAACUCUGCCUCCAUCUGACUUGGUUUUUCCCCACAUCACUGCUAACACUGCAGCAACACAGGAUACCACAUCUCCAUCUUCCACUAUUCAAAUGAACAGUUCACUGAUCAAAACCCCCAACCUGCCAUCAGCCAACACCUCUGGAUCGAUAAAUAUCAUCAUGUCUGGGGACUCAUCUUAGCACAGAACACCAUUUUAGGAUGUCAAGCUUGCUCUGAAGCCCUUACUCUGUAUCAAAUACCAAGUCCAUUCACUGCACCACUCAGCUGAAAAAUUGCUCUUACACACACCGUUAAGAUUGUUGUACGAGCUCAAGGGAGGUACUGAACUACACUGCUGCUCUGUCCUAACUGCAGCACAGAGAUCCAGGUUGUGCCAAGAAUGAUCUGUGAAAAGAAAACUGAAUCUUAAGAGCAGUUUGUUUAGUCGGUAGAAGAAUAAUUAAGAUUCAAUCGAAAAGCUUUCAGCAGAGUUAAAACGCUGUUGCAGAACAACUUUAAAAUAGUACAAAUAAAGUAUAAUAGGUAUGAUAAUUUUGCUCAUAACAAGUUGUAAAAAUGGGUUACUUUAAGUGUGCAUCUUUAGGGAUUAAACUGAAAAGAAGAUGGUGCUGUUACACGAAUGGGGAUUUUCUUUUAGAAAAUAAGGUUUGCUUGCUGCAGCAUUGUAGCCAUUACUAAACGGUUUUGAUUUUGUACAGAAAAUGAUUUGUAAAGUGAGAUAUCGUUAUCUUGAAUAAACUGUUGUAUUUUCUCUA